AUGGCGAACGGGGCAACGGCCGCGUCUUCCGUAGAGCUCGGCUCAGCGGUGAUGGCGUCUCAGGUGCCCGUGUUUCCCCAGGUCGGCGCAGUAGGCGUGGGCGGCAGAGCUGUCGCAGGAUUUACCUCACCAGACCCCAGAACAUUAGCCAUGUACACAGCAAUGCAAAACUCCGCAGCCGUUCAGGCGCUUCAAGGAGGCAUGUUUCCCGGUGUUCCAGGAGCAGCAGGAGGAGGAGCUCAAGUCGUUGGCGACCUUGGAGGUAUGCAGCAGUUGCAGUUAGCCGCCGGCGGGAACUUCUUCGCAGGCCAAGGCGCUCCUGGACCCAGUGCAGGGGUCCCCGGGCCGAUUGCUCAGGUCCAACAGCCUGUGAAGAAGGAGGACCCAUCUAGGCCACUUCAACAGUCUCCUCAGCAGCCACCGACCGCUCAGUUGGUCACCAGUAAUUCUCAGAUUCCCCAACAACAACAACAGACACAAACACAGCAGCAGCAACAGGACAAAUCGAUCACAAGUCCCCCACCGCCACCGAGCGGGCAAGUCGCUAAUAACGGCGAAGUCGAAAACGUCGAAGGUUCGCCCCUAAAGGAGCAGAACUCGAAUCAGGUCGAAACAAAUCAGCCUGAUACGAUUGUUCCUCCUUCUGUCGUAAACAGUCAACCUCCGGUGAACACUGUAUCCGCCCCAAACUCUGCUCCCACCACAAAGGAUGUGCCUAAGAGACUGCACGUCUCCAAUAUCCCCUUCAGAUAUCGCGAACCUGAUCUCAGAAACUUGUUUGGGGAAUUCGGGCCAAUCCUUGACGUGGAGAUUAUCUUCAACGAACGGGGAUCCAAGGGCUUCGGUUUUGUAACAUUCGCAUCGUCAACGGACGCGGAUCGCGCACGCGAGAAACUUAACGGAACACAAGUUGAAGGACGAACUAUCGAGGUGAACAACGCGACAGCUCGGACUCAAACUAAGAAGCCGUCUAACUCAGCAGCGAACAUGGCUGCUGCCGCUGCUGCCGCCGCCGAGUUGCCGUUGGUUGCCGCGCUGCGAGGAGCCGCUCUCCAGAGAGGAAGGGCCAGCGCCGCCCUGGCGGCUCAACGUGGUAACGCCACAGCCGCCGCCGCGCAACUGGCGUUGGCGGCCGCCGCUGCGGGCAGACUCGCGCCUUCCCCUCUGGCCGCGCUGACAGCCGCCUAUCAGCAAGCAGCUGCCGUCAAUGAUCCAUUCCUCGCAGCCGCUGCCUACGCCAACGCCGCCGCUGCAGCUGCCGCCUCGAGUGGACAAGGUCUCCAGGCCAACUAUGCCAACGCUUACAACGCAGCUGUAGCUAGGCAGUACGCCGCCGCCACCCAGCCCUCGGCUGCGGCUACAGCUGCCCAACUCGCAGCCGCCACCGGCUACCCGACUCACGGGAUUCCGAACGCCGCCAUGUAUUACGCCGCUGCCGCCCAAGCAGCGCAAGCCAAUGCGUCCGCGUAUCCAGCAGCUGCUGCGGCUGCUCAGGCCCAGGCCGCGGAUCCGUACCAACUGGCAGCCGCUCAGAACGCCGCAGCCAUGGGAAAUAUGGCUGGAUACGGGACGAUCGCGGCACAAACGGCCGCAGCCCAGAACGCGGCCGCUGGCGCCCAAGUGGGUCAAGGCGCUGCAGCUGCUCAAAAUAGUGCGGCCCAGGCCGAAAUUCUCCGACGUCUGCAACAUUCUCGACUGAACACGACUCUCCAAAACGCAGCCGUAUACCGGAGCGGCUACAAUCGCUUUACGCCUUACUAA